AGAAAGUAGACAGAAAAGGGGUGCCUGGAUGGCUCAGUGGGUGGAAUGUGGAACUCUUGAUCUCAGGGUUAUGAGUUUGAGCCCCUGUAGGGUGUAGAGAUUACUUAAAAAAAUUUUAAAAAGCAUACAGAAUAUAGAAUAGAAUGGUAAAAUGAUGGGAGGUACAGAAGAGAAGAGGCAUAGAGAUAAGUGAAAGGAUGUAAUGUAUAUCUGAGCAGUCUCAAGAGAGGAGAGAGUAGCAGAGAAUAUUCUAGAAUUUAGAAAAAGAUGACCCAAUCCACAGAUUCAAGAAACUGAAUAAACCCCAAGAAGGAUACGUAAAAGGAAAAUCCGUGCAGAGUGAAAUUAUAGAAAAUCAAAGACAAAAUGAAAAAUCAGUGUGAGAAAAAAAGAUUACCUUCAAAGAAGCAAAAAGCUGAUGACUGACUUCUCAACCACACAACAGAAGCCACCAAACAGUGAAAUAAUAUUUUCAAUAUUAUUGAAAGAAUAAGUUUGAAAAACUAACUGCCAACCUAGAAAAUUAUACCCAGGAAAAAUAUAUUUUAGGAAUGAAGGAAAUAUAAGGCGUUUUCAGACAAGCAAAAACUGAAUUUGUCAUCAGUAGACCCUCUCCAAAUCAGAUUGUAAAGGAAAAUUGUCCUAGAUGGAAAGUCUGGAAUACAAGAAGGAAUGGUGAGCAAGGAAACUGAGAAACAAACAGAUAUAUCUGAAUGAACAUGGAAGAGUUUUUUAAAAAGUGAAAACAAAAUAGGACAUAUAAAUAGGAUUAAAGUAUUCUAAGUUCCUUGUUUUGUCCCAUAAUAGAAUACAUAGUAUGAUUUCUAGGGCAAUUACUGAAAAAAACAGAGAUUAAAGACAGCUUACAAACUCAUAGUGGGAAGAACAGAAUAACUUUUAAAAGUCAGCUAAUCCAAAGGAUGGCAAUAAAGGAGAGUAAGAAAAAAACACAUAAGAUGUAGUCUUGUUUUUAUUAACGUAUCAGUAAUUACAGUAAGUAUAAGUAGGCUAAUUAUAUUAAUUGUUCCAGUUAGACUUAAAGAUCAUCAGAUUGGAUUUCUACAACUCUAAGUCCUAUACAUAAAGAUUCAGAAGAGUUGAGAGUAAAAGGAUAGAAAAACAUGUAUCUUGUAAACACUAGGAAAAAGGAAGCUGGAUAGAUGUGUUAAUAGCAGUCAAAACAAAAUUUAAGGCAAAAAGCAUCACUAAAGAUAAAGAGGGCCAUUUCACAAAAGGUUCAGUUUCCCAGCGAGAUAAUAAUUGCAACUUUCUCUACUCAUUGUAAUGUUAAAAGUUAUGGAGAAGAAAUUGACAGUUAAAUAAAAAUAAAAUCUGCAAUCAGAGUGUGUUUUGUUUUUUUUUUUGAAAGAGAGUAUAAGUGGAGGAGGGGCAGAGGGAAGAGGUUGAGAGAGAAUCUUAAGCAAGCUCCAAGCCCAGAGUGGAGCCUGAUGUGGGGCUCAGUCUCACAACUAUGAAAUUGUGACAUGAGCUGAAAUCAAGGGUUAGAUGCCUAACCAACUGAGCCACCUAGGCACCCCCAAGAGAGGAUUAUUUUUAAUACAUUUCCAUCAGUAAUUGAUAGAACAAAUGUAUUUUAAAAAAUUAAUAAAGAUGAAACAUAUUUAGACAACACAAAAAGUAAAGGGCUUGUCCUAAUUGACAUGUAUAGAACAUUGGCAGAAAUACAUGAUUUUCAAGCACACUGGGAACAUUUACCAAUUUAUGGUAAAGGCCAUGAAGCAAAUCUCAACAAAUUUGAAUGGUUUCAAAUAAUACAGAGCAAUUCUCUGACCACAGUACACUUAAGCUGGAAGUCAAUAACAGAAAGAUAGUAAGAAAAUCCCCAAGGGUUUGGAAAUUAAGAUCUACUUUCCUAAAUAACCUCUAGGUCUAAGAAGGUAUUAUAAUGGAAAUUAAAAAAUAUUUCAACCAAACAACAAUGAAAAUCUAUCAAAACAUGUGGAUGCAGCUAAACGAGGUUUAGGGGGAGAUAUAUUGCCUUAAAUGUGCCUUAAAUAUAAAAUGCGUUAAUAAAAUAAAUAAAUGCCUUAAAUAUAAAAACAAAAAAGCCUAAAAAUUAAUUAGCUAAGUAUUCAUCUCAAGAAGUUAAAAAGAAAGCACAGUACCUGAAGACAGUAGGAGGAAGGAAAGAGUAAGAACAGAAAUUGUCACAACAAAAAAUAAACAUGAAGUAGAGAGAAUUAACAAAGCCAACUUUUUUUUAAAGGCAAAUAAAGUUGACCUCUGGUGAACUCAUCAAGGAAAAAUGAGGCACAAAUAAUUAAUACCAGAGCUGAGGAAGGGGGUUUUAUAUCAGGUGGUGUGGAUGCUAAAACAAUAUAAGGAUAUUAUUAAUAACUAUAUGCCAAUAUAGUGAAGUUGAAAAUUUAGAAAAAAUAGGCAAAUUCCUAGAAAAACGUAGCCUCAUAAAACAGAUUCGAGAAGUAGAAAAUCCAAAUAGUUCCUAUAACCCACUAGAGAAACUGAAUUUAACAGCCUAGCAGUGAACAAACCUAACACGAAUAGGCCCCAGUUGGAUGGCUGACUAACCAACCACUGCAAUUCAGACAAGAGUGUUACCUUCUGGAUCUUUGUAGCCACUCAUUUUUAACCCAGAAAUACCAUGUUUGACUGCAUAGGGUAAUAAAGCUGCACUGUGUAUUCAGACCUUCAUGGAUGCAAACCUAUUUAUCAGCUAGGCAAAGGUCAGAUGGUAUCCUAGCAAAUGCAGAAAACUCUUAAGAGUCUUUCCAAAUCAUAAACUGUCAUUGAGAACCAUCAGUUAACAACAUAAGCAUUAUGUGAUUAUUAAGGUAAGGAAACUUCCACUAGAAGUUAAGAAAGUUUGGCUACAUGUAGGAUUGAUUUCCCUUUGGGCAGGGAUCUGCUCCCCCUAAGGUAAUAUAGGGACCCCAGCUAGAGUAAUCCUAAGUCAUUCUGCACAUUAAGGCAAGAUCAUGUAAACUUCCUAAGGGGACAUUCAUAUAAAUGUAAAGAUCCUGGGGUGGGGGGCAGUUAAAAAGGAGUUCAGCUCACAAAAUUAUUUACUUAUAAAACUAAUAAAUUGUUUCAGCAAAUGUUCAGAAUAUGUUAGACAGUACCCUGGUGAUCUCUGAUGUUGCAUCCUUCUGCUGUUAGUUCUCAUAAAUAUUCAGAAGGAGAGGAAUGAAGAUCCCUGAGCUGCUAAUGUGAUGUCACAGGAUCCUGGAGAUGAUAGAGACUAAAGGAGGUUGAGACUAAAGGAGGCAUCAGAGAAGAGAUAACGAAAUGUUUCAAAGUGUUGUAAAUUCUAACAAUCCAGGAAACGUGGCAGAGUGGGACUCAGUGUUUCCACCACAGUUUGACAUGUUUUUUUCACCCAGAGUUGUUAGCUCCUCCUGGCAUCGGGCACUCCAGUGAGCACCAGGAGGCUGGCCCUCCUCUGUCCCUGGUGUGCAUGUUCAUGCUAAAUGAAGCAGUUGAAGACUAUUUGGAAAACAAUAAUGGAAGAAAAAGUCCAAGUUCAAAACAUUUAAGAAGUUCUUCGGGAAGAAGAAGAGAAAGGAAUCACCAUCUUCCACAGGAAAUAGCACCUGGAAACAAAGUCAGGCGAAGAGUGAGGUCAUUGCCAUUGAGUCAGGGCCAGUGGGCUAUGACUCAGAGGAUGAGCUCGAGACAUUUUGUGAAAUGAGUCCUUUGGGUUCAGUUCUGAAUUGGAGUCUUGAGCUCAGAGCUGUGGCAGAGGCUGAGAUGAUGAUGACAGAAAUGCCCACCAUCUGUAUUCCAGGACCUAGGCACACAGGCUGGAUUGCACAGAUCAUAUCAGGGAGUCGAGGGGUGCGCUGGGCAGCCGGGCCCUGUCACAUGACAGUAUUUUCAUUCCUGAGUCUGGACAGGAUCCUACUCGACCUGUGCGGGUGUUUUCCCAAGAAAAUGUGUGUGACCGGAUUAAAGCCCUACAGUUAAAAAUACAGUGUAAUGUGAAAAUGGGGCCACCCCCUCCUCCAGGGGGUCUUCCUGCCAAGCGAGGAGAUGACACCGGCAUGAGUUCUGAGGAUGAUGGUCUGCCCAGGAGCCCCCCAGAGAUGUCCCUGCAUGACAUUGGUCCCGGCACAACCAUAAAGGUCUCUUUAGUAUCCUCAUCCCGGCCACAGUCUCCAGACCAGCUCUCCUCCAGGCACGCGAGCGAUGCCAGUGUCUCCCCCCGCACCUCUGACAGCAGCGUGGCACCCGUGGCUGAUUUCGAUUACCCUCCAGAAUUUUCCUCCUGCCUGGACAAUUCUGCAGCUAAGCACAAGCUCCUGGUUAAGCCCCGCAACCAGAGGUCCAGCAAAAUGAGGCGGCUGUCUUCGCGAGCACAGUCUGAAUCCCUGAGUGAUCUGACGUGCACCCCAGAGGAAGAGGAAUAUGAUGAUAAGUCCUUACCCAAAGUCAGCACAGAAGAGAACCCCAAUUCUGCACAGCAGGAUGUGGGACUCGACAGAAGCCCUGAGCCUGGAGGACUAGCCACCAUGCUGCAAUCUGGGGGGCCACGGGCUAGGCGGGCACGCCUGCAGCACUGCCCUGCACUCAGUGCCAGCGCCGAGGAGGAGAGCUUCCUUGGGGAUAACACCUCAAGCCGCCCAGCCACCCCCGAGGUCAUUGAGUCCGAGUCGGGCCCAGUCCCCCGCGCGGAGUCCCCAUCUCUGCCAGAAGGUUCCCCGCAUCACCACCAUAAUCCUGACAGCGAAAUCCAGAGGGAGGAGCCGUCCCUGGAAAGCACAAGUCCCCCAGCCAGGGAAACAGCUGAUGAGGUGAUUUGUGCUUCUGGAGACAUCGAGAUUCGAUUAUCCCCCUCCAUCCCCGAGGGGGACACGACGCCUCCCGAGACUGACCCUGCCGUCACCUCGGAGACACCCCCUAGUCUAGAUGGGCCAGACCAAAGUGUCCAGAAGGAGGUGGAGCUGACGCUGGAAGCGCCCGAGCCCGAGGGAGCAGGGAAGGGAUCUCCAGAGACCCCUGCCCCAAGCCCCUCGGCUCCCAAGAGCUGCUUGAAGCACAAGGCCCCGGCGGUGAGCGAGAGCCCCGGCGCGCCGGCCGCCUGCGAGCCGCCUGCGGAGGAGCACGCUCCCGGUCCCCUGGACGGAGAGGCCGAGCCGCCCCGGGCCGAGCCCGCGGAGCCCCCACAGGGGGGCCCGGUGAGGCCGGCGCCCGAGCGGAAGGUGGAGCGGGCAGGCAGCGAGCUGCGGGCCGUGAAGUUCUCCGUGUCGUCGGGCCGGGCGUGGCCGCGCUCGGGCAGCGCCCGCCUGUUGGAGCACGCGGUCCCCGCGGGCGCCUUGCCGGUGCGCCUGCCGCUUCUGAGGAGCAGCCUGGCCUGGAGGAGCGAGGCGGCGCUCGACGACCUGCGGGCGCCCCCCGAGCCCCACAGCGGCGGCGGCCCUCGGGACUCGGGGGACGCGGCGGCCGGGCCGGGCCGGAGCCCCCGGGACGCCCCGGGAGACCCCUGCCCGGCGGCUCGCGAGCCGACAUCGGGGGAGGACAGAGGCCCCUUUGCCGUCAAGCUGCGCUCCACGUCUCUGUCCUUCAAGCACAGAGAGGCGUCCUCUGCCGAAGCAAGAGGGAUAAAGAGAUACAGCGCUGAAAUCCGGUUAGAAAGAGGGGGGCUGGCUUUGCUCCCCAAAGACGAGAAAUGUCAGGUCGCGAAGGCCCCCUCCCCUCGAGGGGCACGGUCCCCGCACGAGCAGGGAAAGGGGAAGGCUCGGCCCUCGGAGCCGCUCAGCUCCAAGCCGCCCCUGCCCCGGAAGCCGCAGCUGCAGAGCCGCCCCCUGCCGUCCCCGGACGCGGGCCCCGGGGAACUGGUCAAGGCCGCGCUGCCCCAGGACCUAAGACGGGAGACCCGGUCGGCAGAGACGCGGUCGCCGCACAGGCCAGCUGAGAAGGGUCCACCUCCUGCAGCCGAGGGCCAGCCUGCACCACCCUGGAUCACCAUUGCCCGGCAGAAACGGCGAGGGACCCCCAAUCAGCCCCCUAACCAGGAAGACAAGCCUGGGGUCCGUACCCUGAAGUCAGAAAUAGGAAAGCAAGCCAAGGCGCCCGAGAGAGCCCAGGAGCCCAUGAAGCAAGCUGACUUUGUCCGCAGCAAGUCUUUCCUGAUUGCUCCUGCCAAACCCACUGUGGACCGGAGGCAGGGGACAAAGCUUCGCCUCCAGGAAGGGCUGCAAAGAGGAAUCUCCUUGUCCCAUCAGAACUUGGCGGCUCAGUCUGCAGUGAUGACGGAGAAAGAAUUGCAUCAGCUGAAGAGAGCCAGUUAUGCCAGUGCAGAUCAGCCAUCCUGGAUGGAACUUGCCAGAAAGAAAUCUCAAGCUUGGAGUGACAUGCCCCAAAUUAUAAAAUAGGCUGACAGCCUGCUGCUAAAGAACGUCCACUACCUUGACGGGUCACUUACUUAAAAACUGCCAGUGAAUCAAGGCAAACAAACUGUGAAACCGAAGAGUGAUUUUAUCAAGUUAUGGGAGAGCAAGCCUGGGGAAGAGGAAGGAACCAGGCCAACAAAGACAGACACACAGCCACAAUCCUGGGCCAGAGGUGCCCUAAAACAAGAGCACCAUUGAAAAGGGCCAGGAACAAGGUCCUGUGCCCAAAGGUAUGAAUGUGAGUCUUUGAGAAUUGCCUUGAUAAAGAGGGCUUGACAGGAAGAAAACAGAAGUGAGCAGUGAAAGCCCUAGUCGGAAGCGCCUGCAAGGACAAAGGGGAAGGUCUUCCAGGAGAACGUGUGUCUGUGCUUCCACCUGAGGUCAACUUGUGUCUCCGGGUGUGGUCUUGCCUGUGGAUCCUGUCUUCUUUAAAUGUUUACUAUUAGGCAUGACAUUUUUGGUAAAACAGGGAUGCCGUUUCCAAGAGCAGCUAUUAAACAGUUUUCCUGAAGACAGUCUCUCUAAGAAGGAGCAGAAGGAACAUAGCUGGGUUCAUCAAUUCAUAGACUGUUUCCAAAAAUAAUUUUUAAACUUUUCCACAAGGCAUCUGUGUCCUUAACCAUUGCACAAUGCAUUGCCUGUUCAAUAAAAGGUUUCAAACAUG